CCAGGAGUCGACGUGUGCAGAAGUCCUUAUAGUCGGGGGCCUGUUUCGCUGAAGCAGCUCCCUAUUCUAUUGCUGGAGAAGGAGAAAGUGCCCCGGAUCCCUUCAGGACUCUUGGUGUUUUGGGCGCGGCACAAAUCGAGGUGAGGGAAGAGGGAGGAAAAUCCCCUGGAUCCCUGCAGGAUUAAUUUAUUCAAAAGGAAAAAACAGAAAAAUACUCAGCAUGCAAAAAUUUUGUGAAGAAAAUGAAGGAAAGCCACAGAACAUGUCAAAGGCUGAGGAAGACCGCUCUUUGGAAGAUGCACCACAGGAGGCAGAAGGAAAUCCUCAACAUUAUGGAGAAGGUGUAAGCCAGGAAGCAGAGGGAAACCUUAGAGGAGGGCUAGCUCAACCUGAGCAGGGAUUUAAGGAGGAUACUCCGGUUAGGCAUUUGGACCCUGAAGAAAUGAUAAGAGGAGUAGAUGAGUUGGAAAGGCUUAGGGAAGAGAUAAGAAGAGUAAGAAACAAGUUUGUUAUGAUGCAUUGGAAGCAAAGACAUUCACGCAGCCGUCCUUAUCCUGUAUGCUUUAGGCCUUGAAUUAUUUUUGUCUCAUUAAAAUCUGACACCUGCUUUCUUUUUGUUAGUAUUUUCUGAUACAUCUUUGAACUUUGUUUUACUUUUAAUCAUCUGGCAGUAUUUUGUUUUAGGUAGAUACCUUCUUACCAGAUUCUUGUUGGAUUUUGUAUUUUGACCCAUUCAAGUAUGUUUUUCAAUUGGGUAGUUUCACACGUAUGCAUGGAAAGAUGUUUAUUCCAUAUUGUAAAAUAAAAAAUAACAGGUUACAAAACAACAUAGUAUCAGCUCACAUAUGUAGGAUAAAAUUCCAAAUUGUGUGUUUGUGUGUGUAUACAUAUAUACAUAUAUCAAUAACUUGACUGCUUGUUUCUGUAUGGUGUGAGUUUGGGGUUUUUUUGCUUAUAUGUAUUUUUAAUGAACAUAUUACUUGUUUCACACAUACACACAUAAAGAAAUAAAGAUUUUUUUAUAA